AUGAAAAACAGCGACAACAGCAGAGACAGCGGAGACGUAUCACGGUCCAGGCAGCUACUGUGGACAGCCUCGGCUUGCGUCGCACGGCCGAACAAGAGUCGCUUCACCCUCGGGCUACUACUACUGCUCCUCCUAGCCCCAACCGUGCAGGCCUCGAUAGGAGACCUGCUUCCCGAGUUCCAAGACUGCAUCGCCCUGUGCAACUGCCAAGCGAUCCCGUUUCUGGCGCGAUGUCCCAUCUGGUCAUGCUCGCACAACUGCGACUACCACUGCCAGCAAUUGAUCACCAACGAGCUUUUGGACGCUGGUGGGUUCAUGGUGCAGUUUUACGGCAAGUGGCCCUUUAGACAAGUGCUUGGCAUGCAGGAGUUUUGCUCGGUGGUGUUCAGCUUGGGCAACUUGGCGGUCAACUGGGCCAAUUUGAAGAUGAUCCGCGCCCAGCGCGCGCGCAGCACCCCACCAAAUGGCGGCGUGAUGACGGUGAGCAAUUUGGACGGCAGCAGCGCCAUGUAUUGGCAGUAUAUGGUGUUGUUGGUUGUCAGUUGUUUGGGGUGGUUGAUGAGUGUCAUUUUCCAUAUCCGCGACACGCCGCUAACUGAGAGCUUGGACUAUUUCGGGGCGUUUGCCAUGAUGUGCUGCAAUUUGAACGUGAUCGUGGUGCGGAUCUUGGGGCUAUAUAGACCACACCGCCACACCAGGUUGAAGAUGUGGCAUUUGGCGAUUGCCGGGCUCUACGUGUAUCACGUGGUGCGGUUGCGUUUAGAUUGGGACUAUGAUUAUAAUAUGAAGAUGAAUAUCACGGUGGGGAUGAGUGCCAUGCUAUUGUGGUGUAUGCAUUCGUUAGGCGUGGCGCGCGCGUACCUGGCGAAUCGCGCAACUUAUCAAAGUUCAAUCCAGUUGAUUCCGUAUGAGCUGAAGCUUGUGCGCAAGUUGAAGUUUGUGUUUCCUGGAGCCAAGUCAUCGUUAAUCCCCUACGUGCCUAUUAUCAACACGGGGAUCCUACUAUGCGGGGUGCUACUAGAGGUCAAUGAUUUCAGGCCAUGGUUCCGCCUCGUGGAUGCUCACUCCCUAUGGCAUCUUUUAACAAUAUUCCCCAACUUGAUCUGGUUCGAUUGGAACGUGUGGGACAUUGAAAUGUCCAAAAUCACCGAGCAUCCAAACUACAAGAAACUGUGA